UUUGUUCAGAUUUAUAAGUAUUAUCUUUAAUAAACUUUAUUUUGCUGUUCGAGUUUGCCUGAAUACAUAUCUUUAUUAUUGGAGUAAAGCGAAGGAAAUUGAAGAAUGGAGGAGACAGUUGGAAUUGCUAUGCUGAUCUUUGUUGCAGUGGCACUGGCUGUUUCUGAUGGAAGUUCACCUUAUCAACCAUCAUUGGCAAUGUUCUGUGGAAGAGUGACCCAACACAGAGAUAUUGAAACUGGGGUGUGGAUUACAGAUGAAUCUGGCAACACUGAUUGUAUUGAAGAUAAAGAAGAAAUAUUAAAUUAUUGCAAAAAGGUAUAUCCAGCCUUGCAAAUCAAGAAUAUAGUAGAAGGGAGUGAGAAGACUCAUAUUCCUUCAUGGUGUCAUGUUGGAAGCCCACCACCUUGCAAAGGGCAUGGCCAUAAUGUCAAACCAAUAAUGUGCAUUGAAGGUGAAUACAAACCUAAGGCAUUGGAAGUUGGUGAAGGAUGCACAUUUGAACACACUCAUGAUUAUGAAACCUGUCAUCAACCACAAUAUUGGGAAGAGAAAGCAGCUCAAAUAUGCCAGUCACAGGGAAAAACAGUCGAUAAAACCCAGAUGUUGAAAACAGUGCCAAAAACAAAGAUACCGAAAUCAUGUACCGAGGUUGAUGAAUGGCAAGGUGUUCAAUUCUUGUGCUGUGAAACACCGACUCUUUCAACACCUAAAACCAACAAAGCUAAAGCAAAAGUUUUGCCAAAACCGGCAAAUAUGGAGACUGUGGAUAGAAAAAGUGACAUAAAUGAAAUCUGUUUGCAACCAAAGAGAAUCGGGUUAUGUCGGGCCCUUCUACCUGCUUGGUUUUUCAACUCUGACACAAAUGAAUGUGAAUACUUUCAUUACGGAGGAUGCGGAGGAAACGAUAAUAACUUCGAAUCGAGAGAAGAAUGUGUGUCUAAAUGCCAACCUGAUAAAGCUAAAAAAACUGAUUUUGACCGAAGUGUUUGCGGCUUGAAGCCUGAUGGAGGAUCCUGUUUGGCUUACUUUGAUCGAUUUUAUUAUGAUGUUACGGAUGGUUUGUGCAAGAAAUUUGUGUUUGGUGGGUGUGGUGGGAACGCAAACAAUUUCUUCAUGCAGGAUGACUGUGUGACAAAAUGCAAAGGAUAUACAAACCAAGAAACAGGACGAAUUCAGAUUGAACCACCCUUCGGAUUCCCAAAUUUUGAAGCAGGUCCUGUGUUGUUAGAUGAAGGAAUGAAAACUGAAGCAACCACUACUGUGGAAACAACCACAACCAUUGAUCCUGUAUUUUACAAUGAUGAAACAACAAUCAAUGAUGAACAUAAUGUCUUCAUCAAAAAACUCGAAAAUUUAAAGAACGAACACCAGGAUAAAGUAACCAAGAUUCUUGCGAAAUGGGAUGAAGAUAACGCUCAUCUUUCAGAUGAAGAUAAAGAGAGAUUACGUAAACUGGAAGAUGAUUUACAAAGGACAAUCACAGCCUUAGAAGAUGAAUACGAUGGAAAGAUGGAUUCAUUGAAUGAAUAUCACAAGGAUAGAAUGAACCAGAUGAUAAACAAUGAAAGAACAAAAACUUUAAAAAAAUUCCUGGAUUUGUUGAAAGGUGAUAAACCUAAGUAUCGACACAUCCUCAAUGCUCUUGAUAAAUACAUUGAAGUAGAAAAGCAAGAUAAAUCUCAUGUAAUGCAGCAUUAUUACAUGGCUAUCAAUGAAGAGUUUGAUGAAGCGAGUGUUCCAGACUUCAAGAACCAACUAAAUGAAAUUGAUAAUCGAGUCAACAAGACAAGAACUCUGCUGAAGAAUUAUCCAGAUAUUUUUUCAAGAAUUCAAGAAGAAGUUGAGGAAAUUCUGGCGACAAUUCCUGCCACACCAUUGGAUGAUAACGAAAUUGAAGAUUUAGACAUGGAUGACAUGAUAGAGGAAGAAGUUGUCGAUGGCGAUGAGGAUAUCGUCAUGACAACCCCUAAGGUGUCAUCCAUAGUGAUUGAUGGAGGUGGAAUACCAGAUCCAGACAUCUGCACACUUCCUGCUGUAGUUGGACAUUGUCGUGCAUCUCUACCCAUGUUCUAUUAUGAUUCAAACGAAGAGAAAUGCAAAGUAUUUUACUACGGAGGUUGUGGUGGCAACGACAAUAACUUUCAUACAUUAGAGGAAUGCCAAGCUAGCUGCCCAGGGAACGCAAAUGUGUUCGACUACAUUGACACAAAUGGAGUUAUUGAUCCAAAGGAUAAUGUUGAAGAUGAAAUAAUAGAGCCGGAGGAAGAAGUAAAUGAGGAAUCUAUCCCUCUCACAGAUGAAUUAGACAACUUCGAUGACAAUUCAAUCAAAUCCUCAAUUGAAGAGUUUGACGAGGAAUUGGAGAAUGAAGAUGAAACAAUUCUUGAUACAGAAGUUGACAAAUUAUUCAAAUACAAUGGGGAUCCUAAGGAUGAUUUUGAUGUUGACCAACCAAUGUCACUUUACUAUGAGAAUGUGAACACAGCUGAAAUCUCUUCACACUGGGUUUUAUGGGCUGGAAUGGGCGCUGGUAUGUUGUUCAUCGCUAUUGUGAUUGUUGUCAUUGUAGUCAGGAGAAAAACAAUGCGACCAGCAAUGAGAAUUGUCAUUGAUAAGCAAAAUAAAGAGGUUUUGAUAUAGCCAGCCUGAAGAAGAUGAUAAAGAACUUUCACCAGAAGAAAAACAACUUCUUGCACUUCAACAAAACGGUUACGAGAAUCCGACUUACAAGUUCUUUGAGAAACAGAUGGCAUAAACUCGUUGUAUAUUUUCUGCAUGAUAAAUUUUUUUUUUCUCAAUAUUUUGCAGUCAUAUAUUGUAUAAAUAUCAUUUUUUGUGCUUUAGUAAACAUAGUUUUGAUUGUUUUCGUUGUAUUAAGGUGAAAUGCGUUCUUUUGUCAUCAAAAGUUUUUUCUCGUGUACAAUGGUGCGAUAUAAAAAAGUCUAGUUAAGUUUCAAUGAUAUUUCAGGGAAUGAAUUGAAUUUUUUUUGUUUUCAAAAAUCAAAAAUUUGGUUAUUUGAAUUUUUUUUUCUCAAAAAUAUUUGAUUCAAACCCUGAGCUAUCAUUGAGAAUAAACUUUUUAUUAUUUGGUCUCUUGUAUAUUAAUUUCUUCUUGAACGGCCAAUAUAAUCGCAAAAUAUGUUCAGUAAAGUCCGCAUUUAUUUCUAUUGGUGAACAGGAUAAUCACUAUCUGCUAAUGUAGCAGAGUAAUGUCUCAAACAUCGGUGGGUCUAUCUUGAAUGAAAAUUCAGUACCUGUGUCCCCAAACUUUUUUGUAACUGCGAAAUUUUUGCAGUCUAGUGACAGAAAAAUCAUUAAGUCCUGAUGUCCAUUUAUCUAAUUGUACCAAUGUAGAUACUUUUGCGCUUGCGAACUAUAAAUAGUUCUCUCUUUAGAUUUAGCACUGAAAUAUCCUUUUCUGUUCUUAUUUCAAGAAAUCAAAUUAUUGUUGGAAAGUGGGCAACAACAACCAUUAUUCACCUCUGAUAAAAAAUUUGUUAAAUGGUAUUUAACGACAUAAUAAACAUUUGAUUUCACUUUCAACUCUAAAUUAUUAUGCUCUACGAAGAAUCCUACAACGCCCAAUCUUUCCAACUUCAAACUAUAUUUAUCGAAUGCAUUAUGUCACGUCAUUACUCACUUCUUGCUAUAUAUGUGUAUCUCUUCACUUCUCUGUAUAUUCUGUUACCUGUACUUGUAUAUAUAUAUAUGUUAGUCUAAGGUAUAUUCAUUUUGACGUAGUAUUGUUGUGAAUUAAGCUCUUUACAUGUUCCGAGAGUAUGAAGUAUAGUGUUGUUAGUGUUUUGACAUUUAUUUCAGUGAUGGUAUAUCAAAGCAAAAAAGAAUUAAAAUAUGUGUAUUUCAUUAAUGCAGGGGAUGCACUCAAAAAUUUUUUAUACAUACCUUCUUUGCACAGUUUAUAAUGUAAUAACUUCUUGCAGUACUGGUUGAGGUGCUUUUUAAUCUGGAAGUGAUUUAACUUAUGAUUUUGAUUUGUGCUGCCCAUUGUGGCAAACAAAAUGUUAGAUUCAUAUGGUGCGUCUAAGAACUAUUUCUUCAUAAAUUUAUUUACAAUGAAUGCACAUUUUCUUAUUUUGAUAAAUAUAAACAAUACAAUAAAAAAAUCUAUAUAAUAAUGCAGUGCUAGAAUUGAGAUAUAUUUUGUAGCAACAUACAUUUUAAUAUUACUUUUAUUGCUAACCCAACUACUGUACUAUAAACUAAUUUUAGGUGUUUUUGAGCGUGUGCCGUUUAGGUGUUCUACAUAUAUCUAUGGCAUAAGCUUGAUACGAUAUAAAUUAAUUAUUGUUUUUCUGGUUUGCCAGCUAACCACAAAUGAAGCAUUUUUCUGUAAUUUUUUUCUUUGGUUGAAAAUUGUGAGACAAUCAGUCAUGAGACUGAAACAAACAAUGCAUGUUUCAUUUAGGUCGUAUUAACUUGCAAAAUUAAGAUACUGGACCUCUGGAAAUAGUUUAUUCAACCAUUAGAUGUAAAUUAGACUUCCUAUCAGAUUUGACACCAGUCAAGCAAAAAGAGGAUUAUAUUGAAAGAAUUAUUAUUUCCCAAAUCUUCAAAUUCUAAAGCAACUUUUCCUUCAGAUUGUAAAAAUCUGUCUGCUGACGAAUAAUAACAACGACAAAUUUGGUUUUCCUGUGAAAAAGAAUAUUUCUGUAUUCUGGUUAACAAAAAAAUAAACUUUUUCUCUCUCAUGCGAAUUAUUUUCCUGUUUGCUAGGCCUCGUUCGAUUGAAAGUCACAAUUUUCAACCAUAUUGUUAGUACAUUUUUGUGUAUUUCUUCAUGUUCUUCUUAUAAUCAUUUUUUUAAAACUAUGAAAUGUGCUUGAGAGUGGAAAAUAUCAAUCCGAAUGUACUUUUAAUAGAUAUUGUAUUCAUGUGAUAACAGGUGUGUCCUUCAGAUUAAUAUCAAAGCGGCACUCUGUUGUAUAUGUACCGUGGUUUAAUCAAUUACCCAUGGAUUCAAUUGCUGAUUAAUCUCAGAUUUCUUACUGCCAUUUUCAGCGCAAUUUGUGUUAUUUUUGUUUUGUCUGAACAUAUUUGUUGGCAUGCACUGAAAUUGACAACUUCUUAUAAUAUUCAAAGCAUUUUUUGUUCGGAACUAUAUCCAAUAAAGUUAUUUGGGUUUGAUAACUAAUUUUAAGGUUUCACUUUAUGGCCGGCCACUUUCUCACUGAGAAUCAUACUAUCAACUAUGUUGGUGAAAGGUAAAGUUAGCAAUUUCCUUUUUUUUGUCUCAAUCCGUCACCCAAGUGAAAAUUUUCACUUUUUUUUCUAUUUCAUUCUUUGCCCACCGUAUCAUUUCCUCGUCAUAUAUUCAUUUUUAUGAUCAGUAUUAUAUCUCAUUGAAAGACCGAUUGUUUAUGGAUAUAAAAAAUACUUUAAGUGUUGUUCAUAAUUAUAUAUGUUUUGUGAGUCUUUUGAGUGAGACUUUGCACAUUUUCCAACAUAAUAGUAUUUUGAUCCGCCAUUAUCAGUUCAGAAAUGUCUGAUCGGCUGUCACUUCAUAGUACAAUAUGGUUUAGAUAUCGAAUAUAAUGUUGCCUCGUUAAUAUCUCUUUUAUUGCUCAACUUAGUCAAGAUAUUCCCUGUUUUUUAAGAUAUUAGGGUGGUAUGUGGCAUGAGAAGAAGAAUGUGUCCUCUCUGCCUAUUCAAAUUUCUAACAGUAAAAAGUAGUUUUUUUACUUUGAAUUUCCAAUAUACCCCUGUCUUGAAUAUUGGAUUUUCUGCCAUCGCAUCUGCUUAGCUUUUUUUUAAAUACUCUUUCUUUCCCUUACGAUCCUUUAAUUUGCUUUGUCAUAUAAACUGACCACAGCCGACCAAGCAUAUGAUAUAUAUACAAUUUCAUGUCGUAUUUAUCCAUGAUUGGCCGGGCUUGUGCGACUUGUAAAUAAACUGCACUUGAGAAAUUGUUAAUCGUUGUAUUUUGUGAUAAUUGUAGAAAUAAAAAAUGCUUUCGCAUGCUCAAUUA